UCCAGCCAGAACCCACAGUUCUCAGCCUCUCUCACAGAAGAUGGGCCGUUAAGGACUCUAAAAGCAUUGGUUGUCUGACCCUGCGAACAUCGAGCAAGAUGACCAUCUCCAUUGACUUUGAGGAGUGCCUGAAGGACUCACCAAAGUUCAGGGCCUCCAUUGAAGGCAUUGAGUUGGAGGUGACAGAGCUUGAAGCCAAACUCGAGAAGCUGGUGAAGUUAUGCAAUGCCAUGUUGGAGGCCGGCCGGACAUACAGCGCCAACACCAAGCAGUUUGUGAAUGGUAUCCGUGACCUGGCAAUUCACUGCAAGGGGGACGAGAUGAUGAGUGGGUGCCUGGAAAAGUUUUCUUCCAGUUUGAAUGAUAUGAUUGAGUACCAGACGACGCUCAUCGAUGUGACCCAGAAGUCAGUCAAGCAACAUCUAUAUAACUUCAUCAAGGAGGACGUGAGGAAGUUUAAGGACACGAAGAAGCAUUUUGAUAAAAGCAGUGAGGACCUGGAGAACGCGUUGAACAGGAACGCACAGGCAACUCCCAAGAAGCAGCACGAGGUGGAUGAAGUCACCAGCGCCCUCCUGGCUACUCGCAGGGCAUUCCGCCACGUGUCACUGGAUUACGUGCUCCAGAUAAAUGUCAUUCAAGCAAAGAAGAAGAAUGAGAUACUACAUUUUAUGAUUUCCUUCAUGGAUGCCCAGUCCAGUUUAUUCACUCAGGGCUAUGAGACACUCAAGCAACUCGAUGCCUACAAGAAGAAACUCGCCGAGCAGUUGCAUCAUCAGGAGUUGAAUUCGGCGAGGGAUAAGCGGGAUAUGGAGCAGCGGCACACUGUCAUCAAGCAGAAGGAUGUGAUUUAUGAUGAUUCAUUGAUGGAGUUUAACAUGGAGGCCCCGAACGGUGUUGUAAUGGAGGGUUACCUGUACAAACGAGCGAGCAACGCCUUUAAAACAUGGAACAGACGGUGGUUUUCCAUCCAGAACAAUCAGCUGGUGUACCAGAAAAAGUUAAAGGACAACCUAACGGUGGUAGUGGAAGACCUUCGCCUGUGCACAGUCAAAACUGGAGUCGACAAUGAGCGGCGAUUUUGCUUCGAAGUAGUGUCCCCCACAAAGAGCUGCAUGCUUCAGGCUGACUCUGAAAAGCACCAACAAACGUGGAUCCAAGCCGUCCAGAACAGUAUUGCUACAGCGUUUAACGAGCGGCGCGAGGACAAUUACUCGAAGACAGAGCGCUCAGCAACCAUGUCUCCGGGCGUCUUUGACUUCCCCGGUGAAGCGAAACCAGGAAAGGAGAAGGUGCUGGAGCAAGUACAGAGCAUCGCCGGCAAUGCCCUGUGCUGCGAUUGUAACGAGCCAUUACCAGAAUGGGCCAGCAUCAACCUGGGGAUCACUCUUUGUAUCGAAUGCUCAGGAAUCCACAGGAGCCUGGGAGUGCACUUCUCCAAAGUCCGGUCACUGACUCUUGAUUCUUGGGAGCCUGAAUUGUUGAAGCUAAUGUGUGAGCUGGGGAACUCUAACAUAAACCAGAUCUAUGAAGCACGAAUCGAGGAUAUGACAGUGAAGAAACCGCACCCUGGCUCGCCUCGGCAGGAGAAGGAAGCCUGGAUCCGGGCCAAGUACGUGGAGAAGAAAUUCAUUCAGAAGUUGCCUGAAAGUGCCGUUAGGCUGCAUAAAAGCAGCUCAAAACCUAACCAACGCACCAGCACAUUGGAAAGGCCCCCCAAACCAGAAAAACCACCCAAGCCCUUCGUGAAGUCUCGGGGAAAAGAUGUUAAUUACAAAGCGCCCUCGCCCAACGAGAGCAUGGAGGAGCUGCGGGACCUCCAUCCAGGGGCGCUGCUUUACCGAGCCGCCGCACUCCAAAAUCUGCCUGUCAUGGCCGAUGCACUCGCACACGGAGCUGAUGUCAACUGGGUGAACACGUCAGAUGAGAACAAGACUCCCCUUAUCCAGGCAGUGACACCGGGUUCCUUGGUGGCCUGUGAAUUUCUGCUGCAGAACGGUGCCCACGUAAACCAGAUGGACAUUCACAGUCGUGGUCCUCUGCACCACGCCACCAUCCACGGACACACCGGCCUGGUGUGUCUGUUCUUGAAGCGAGGGGCAAGUCAAACGGCAGUGGAUGAAAACGGCAAAAACCCGAUCACCAUUGCCAUCGACACUGCAAACGCAGACAUUGUGACUCUGCUUCGACUUGCCAAAAUGAAUGAGGAGCUGCGGGAAUCAGAGGGAGUCUUUGGACAGUCAGGAGACGAAACGUACAACGAUAUUUUCCGGGAUUUCUCACAAAUGGCCUCCAACAACCCAGAGAAGUUAAAACGCAAGAGCCACGAGCUGAGAACCUCAACACUUUAGAGUUGCUGUGUGCUGGACACUGCUGAGAAUGGCUGUAAAAUAGCUCCUUCUCCUAAGCUCAAUCCUUCAGCUCGGUAGAGUGACAGAAGGGCCACAGUGGGUUGAUGUCCCAAAGAGAAACCCAAUUCCUUUCCCAACAAUGAGGGAGCAUUUUCCUACCCUGCCCUUAAUUUCCCCAAGCCUCUGGACCACGGAACUUCUCAACCCCAGUUAAAAACCCAACCCCGCUCCCACUACUUUCCAGACAUCACAAUCUGCAGAUGCAAAUAGACUCUGAUUCAGAAUUAAGAUGCGUUCCUUUUCACGCUGAGCCUCUCUGCCCUUCCCUCCGGUUCCCCAACUCAAAGCAGGAUCCAGUAGCCUCAGGAAUACAGGUCUAGAUUGAGAAGAAGCAUCUUAAUUCUGAGACAUUGUUAUAUAGUUGAUUUAUAAUUUUAAAAGAAAUCUUUUUAUUACAUUAGUCUGUAAUAUAUUUAUAUUAAAAUACAGCUUGGCUUAAGAGUUUGAAAAUAAAUAAA